AUGCCUUCCUCCUUCGACAACGAAGAGAAUAUUCAUCCUGACCUUCGCCAAAGCAGCGUGGACAUGUAUCUUGAAGAAAGCCGCCGCCGCUUCCAGGCUCAACUCAGCCAGAUACAUCAAGACUCACAGAACUCAAGUGUCGAGGCUCCUGAUCGAAUUCAAAACCUGGAGGGUUCUAAUGAUCCCAUGAUCGCAACUUCGAUUGUGAUAUCUGCACCCAACAUGACCGCGACAGCUCGAAGGCUCAAACGGAAGAUGGAGUUUAGUGAUGAGGCAGAGGUAGAUUUCGAUGAAUUCAGUACACUGUCUGCCGAUAAGUGCCAGCUCUAUCUCAUGGCUGUUACUCUGCAAACUCGUGACCUUCUUCAGAAGAUGCAAACCUCCCAAGAAUCUUGGGAGAUUUCGAAGGGCCUUUGGAAAAACAUUUCGCAAUACGUCAAGGCAUUCCUUCUUUCUUCAACAGCAGUAUGCUAUGUCGGAAACAGCAGCUACCAUGUUAUGGUCGCACUUCGAGAAAUGAACAUCAAGGAUCUGCCAUCGGAGAACGAUAUGACAGCCAAUGCACUCCUCCAGUCACGGAUCUCUGCUUGUCUUACCACCAAGCGCUCGCAAAUCAAGGACGCAGUGAAGGUAUCGAUCCAAGACAGCAAGGAUGGCCGAGCACUACGCAACAUUGCCUGCCUUACGAAGCACUUGAUCGGCAAAAGCAAUGAAAAAAUCCCACAGACACAGCAGCUCUAUAUGCGACUGAGCGUCGUGCGGCAUGUUUAUGCUAAUAUUGAGACAGCACGGGGGGACACAUUUUGGGCUGAGGUGGACCGGAUGUUGCAUGGUAUGCGAGCGCAUGGUCAGGAGCUGUUCAUUUACACCCUCAAUGAAAUCUACAUCAAGGACAAGAAGGAGUACGGCGAUCCAACGAAGAGUGGAAUCCGCUCAGUUGAACUUGCAUCAUUCCAUCUCCCAAAGUGGGUGAAGAAGAUCAACGAGCUUACACCAAAGGUACAAUUGUCGCAAGGUGAUGGCGAGCGUCCAGGAAAGCGACAGCGAACAGGGGAUCAAAAUGAGGGAAGCGAUGACGACGACGACGUUGAGAAUGUUACCCCUGGCAACGCUUCUGAUGUUGUCGCAACAGAGUAA